CAAAUACUUGGAAUUCCGGUUCCGUCGUUGGCUAUUCCGUAAACUUUGACAAGCAGAACGUUGUAUUUAUAUGAUAGGCUACAACAGUCUCAAUAGCUUGAAUACCCAGUAAUAAACUGGAAAUGGCUUCUUCGCCACAGAAAUCACCUUCUUCUCCCAAAUCCCCGACUCCAAAAUCACCACCUUCAAGAAAAAAAGAUGACUCUUUCCUCGGAAAACUUGGGGGAACUUUGGCCAGAAGAAAAAAGGCAAAAGAAGUGUCUGAGCUCCAGGAGGAGGGGAUGAAUGCCAUCAACCUGCCGCUCAGCCCCAUCCCCUUUGAGCUGGACCCAGAGGACACCAUGCUGGAGGAGAAUGAGGUCCGCACCAUGGUUGACCCUAACUCCAGGAAUGACCCCAAACUGCAAGAACUGAUGAAGGUACUCAUAGACUGGAUCAAUGAUGUGCUGGUGGGGGAGAGAAUCAUUGUCAAAGACCUGGCUGAAGACCUCUACGAUGGGCAGGUUCUGCAGAAACUAUUUGAGAAGCUGGAGGGUGAGCGGCUGAAUGUGGCUGAGGUGACCCAGUCUGAGAUAGCCCAGAAGCAGAAGCUGCAGACAGUUCUGGAGAAGAUCAACGACACUCUGAAGGUCUCAAUCAGAAACAUCAAAUGGACCAUUGACUCUGUCCAUGCUAAAAGCAUCGUGGCCAUUCUCCAUUUACUGGUGGCGCUGUCUCAGCACUGCCGCGCCCCCAUCCGCCUACCUGAUCAUGUGUCCAUUCAAGUUGUGGUUGUACAGAAACGGGAGGGGAUCCUGCAGUCUCGCCAGGUUCAGGAAGAGAUCACAGGGAACACGGAGGCUCUAUCAGGAAGACAUGAACGAGAUGCGUUUGACACCUUGUUUGACCAUGCACCAGACAAGCUGAAUGUGGUGAAAAAGACUCUGAUCACCUUUGUGAACAAACACUUGAACAAGUUGAACCUGGAGGUGUCUGAAUUGGACACACAGUUUGCUGAUGGUGUGUACCUGGUGUUGCUGAUGGGACUGCUUGAGGGCUACUUUGUUCCUCUCUUCAACUUCUUCCUAACGCCAGAGCAUUUUGACCAAAAGGUGCACAAUGUGGCUUUCUCCUUUGAGCUGAUGCAAGAUGGAGGCCUGGAGAAACCCAAGCCACGGGCAGAGGAUAUUGUGAACUGUGACCUGAAGUCUACUCUGAGGGUACUCUACAACCUCUUCACCAAAUACAGAAAUGUGGAAUAACGACUGGUACUUCGCCGUUCAUUCAGUUAUAUUGACGUAUCAAUCAAGCAAAUGCCCUGUUUAGAUGUAUAUUUCAGGGCAAACACGAUGCAUCGAAUAGGGAGAGCACACCUGUGUUAGCUUUGUCCUGCUGAAGGCUGACUAAAACACAAGUACAGCACAGUAUGUUGUAAAGUACUUGGAUAUGAAAAGACAGAUAUAUUUCAGUAUUAUUGAAGGUUAACUUAAUGAGUUAUUGAUUAUGCCGUCCUAUUGUUGAGUCAUUGCCAUGUUGAAUUGUUCUUGCCCAUGUCAUUCCGGGCCGACACCGUUUGAAGUCUACUUGGAUUCACUUCCGACUACAUGAAGGAUCAGAAUAUAGAUGUAUUGAAUGUAUGACAGCUGGGUUUGUGCUCAUCAAUGUAUUGACUUCCAUCUUUUGAAAGAAAUCAGACGUUUUGAAUUGGCUCAGAAGGUUUUUGGUUGUUGUGCUUAAAGCAGUGGGACCACAUACAGUGCACACUAUUCAUUUAUAUACUGCCACACUGCAUAUGUUUACCUUUGUUUGCUUUGUCUAAUUGUAUAUAUUUUAAUACUGGUCAUUGUACUUUAAAUAUAGUCUACCUGUAGUGGCAUUUUGGCUUAUCAUUUACCAAAGAUAGUAUUUUAGAUACAUUAUUUGAAGCUGUUAGAUUCUUUAAAAUAUUUUCUACUUAUGCAAAGCAUGAUGUGUGGCUAAUUUUGACUAUUUGUUUAUAAUCUAUUCAUAAAAAAAGGUUUGCAAAGUAAUAUUCCAGUGCAAUGUUGACUACAACUACAGAACAGCAAGACCCCAGUACAGUUAAUUUUUUUUAAAUGACAAGAGCGUAGUAUGAAUUAGACGACAAAACACUAUAUUCAACAGAACUAGCUAGUAGUGCUGAGAAUGUAGUGUGGGAGUUUGACCAAAAUUGAUUCCGUUGUGUACUUUAAUUUGAAGGUCGUAAUCAUUUCUUUCUAUGUUGUGGUCUUGAGUGCGGGUUUGAUUAUGGGCCUUGUGCUGUAGCAAACGUGUGGCAUUCCUUCCCAUGGAAACCUGUAUGCUCUGUAUUUGUUAAUAUGCCAUAUCAUCAAGUGAAAUAUAGAAGAGCACAGUCAAAUGCUGACCGCUGAAUGGCACAGCGGUCUAAGGCACUGCAUCUCAGGGCUAGAGGCGUCACUACAGACACCCUGGUUUGAAUCCAGGCUGUAUCACAACCAGCCGUGAUUGGCAGUCCCGUAGGGCGGCGCACAAUUGGCCCAGCGGCGUCCGGGUUUGGCCAGUGUUAAUAAGAAUUUGUUCUUAACUGACUUGCCUAGUUAAAUAAAGGUUCAAUAAAACAUGUUUACAUUAAAAUACCAUCAGGAUUUGGUGGUUUUAACAUAGAUUGACUUUACUCAACUUUUGUUACACCUGGCAUUGUACCAUUUCAUAAACAAAUAAUACUGUAUGGGACUGUGGAUGUUGGUUAAAGUGGCUGCUUUACAACGAGAACUUAGCUUACAGUGUUCCCAAGAAGUAGAGGUACUCUACAUGCAAUUCAUGAAUGAAUUUGCUAACCACACAGACUGAAUGGCUUUGCUAAGUGCUUAGCUGCAAAUAGGAAGGUCACAUUUUUCCUUUGAGUAACAACACUUCUGUACAGUGAAGCACAGCACAUAAUGCAUGACAAGGUUACAAUAGAAGUUUCAGUGGAAUUUCUUUGUGCCUGAUUUGAACUAUAUAGCAUGUUUAUUUUAUUUAAUUGCUUCUUUUUAGGAGUUGGAAUUAAUUUAUUUCAAUUUACAGACACUUAAGAUUAGUUAAGAUGCUUUUAGUGUGUCAUGUCAACUGACUUAAUUGAGCACAGAAAUGAGUGAGAGGAGAAAUGAGUGAGUUAUCUUGUUUGAGUCUUCGAAUAAAGUAGAAAAUACUCAUA